AUGGCGGCGGCAGGAGGCGACACGCCAAAACAAGUCUUCUCCCGGCCCAAGGCCCCUGGCUUCUCAGAUUCCUUUUGGUCCGCUGAUUAUGCCGGCGGCUUGGGCGUGCUCUUCCAGAAGCUGCAGCAGGGCGUCGUUGAGAAUCAGCAGGUUCUCACGAUCGCGAGUCUGAGAGCUGAUGCCGAGGAAAUGUAUAGCGAUCGCCUCGGUGACAUUGCGCCGACCAUUGAUCGUAUGAAUGGUGGUUUCGCGAGAGAUGAUGGCGCCAGUACGAGAAAGGCAUAUGAAGGUGUACGGAGCGAGAUGGUCGAAGCGACCAAGAAUCACAAGAAAAUUGCAGACAACAUCCGAGAAUUAGUCGUCAACCCUUUCUCCAGAUGGUGCGACGCGCAUGCCACGAGAAUCCAAAAUUCCCAAGAUGACCUACAAGGCAAGAUCAAAGCCCACGACCGACAAGCCGAGGCCGUCAAGAAACUGCGGAGUCAUUACUUCAACAAAUGCAGACUGGUGGAAGAUCUAGAAGAGGAGAACAAAAUGGCCUUUCAAACUGCGGCCAAGGAGAGCCCAAAACCCCAGAGCCCUCCACCUCCCAAGAUUGUCCUCCCGGAGGAAGAGGUGGAAGAAUUACCUGUGGACAUUGGUGAUGUGACAUAUCCUCCGGAGCAGCUGAGAGCUCUUCUGACCAAUAUGCUCGAUGUCAUACCCCUGGGCGAAUUCAAAGUCCCCAUCUUGGGAACCUAUCAGAAUGUGUCUUCCGGCACCGAGAUUGUCGAGUACGCGCAGAAACAGAUGAAAGCAUCGACCAUUGGCUAUGCUGAGAGAAUCGGACAAGAUCUGGUGGACCGUGGAUUUUUGAGGUUGGUCGGUAAUAUGGGAAACACUUUUGCCAACAGUUCAAGGAUGAAGUAUCAGUGGAAACCCAGAGUCUUCCAAAUCACAGGACACCCAGAGAAACGAAAACCCUUGAACAGAUCUACCACCACAGGGUCAAAUGAUGGGUCGGCCGACUCACCCAUCGGAAACAUUGCCGAGACCCUUCAGACUUGGAAUCCUCUCAACAAUCCUCAUCCUAAUGAAACCCCUGCGGACAAGCUCAAGCGAGAAGCCAAAGAGGCCGAUGAGAAGUAUAAAGCCGGAAUCCGAAGACUAGAUCAACUCCGAUGCACCCUGGAAGAGUCCAUGAUGGACCACCUGAAGUUCUUGGAGCGAUGCGAAACUGACCGACUCAAGGCCAUCAAGUCUGUCAUCCUCGACUUUUCAGGCGCCAUCAGUAACAGCAUUCCAUCAUUCCAGAGUCAAGUCGACCACAUGAUGCUGUACCAAGAGACAAUCCAACCCCUCGGCGAUCUGAGAUAUCUUCUGGAGAAUUACCGAACCGGUGCAUUCGUGCCGAAAGUGACACCAUAUGAGAAUUACUAUGGAAGUGUUGAUGAUCAGACGUUCGGUGUCGACUUGGAAGCCAGAGCCAGAGUCGACCGGAAACGUGUUCCGAUCAUUGUGACUUCGAUCUUGACUUUCUUGGACAAUCAUUAUCCUGAUCUCGAGGGUGAUGAAGCUAGACGGAAUAUCUGGUUGGUCGAAGUUCCUCUGGCAGCUACUCAUCAUCUACGGAACCAAAUCAAUAACGGAGCGCCAGUUCCAAGAGAAGUUCUGGAGAAGUAUGAGGUCCCGAUUGUUGCGAGUGUGUUGAAGUUGUAUCUUCUUGAAUUGCCCGAUUCUCUGGUUUCAUCUCAAGUAUACGAAAUCAUCAAGACGAUAUACACAACCACUUCCGACGCCGUCCCCAAUCCUAUAUCAAGCGAUUCCAUCGAUGCUUCACCCAGGAUCAAGGUUCUACAAUCAACACUCGGCCAACUUCGACUUAACAAUAUAGCAACAUUGGACGCCAUCGCCACACAUUUCACACGCUUGAUAGAUCUGACAUCUGCAGACGAAGCAUACAUCACAGCACUAGCCCAAUCACUAGCACCUUGUAUCCUCCGACCCCGAACAGAGAACUCCCUGACGUUAGAAGAGCGCCACGCCUACCGACUAAUCCGAGACCUGUUCGACCACAAAGAAUCCAUCUUCGGAGAACUCAAGCGUCAAUCAUCCACCCUCUCCGGCUCCAACAGCGUCUCUCAACGCCAAAGAGCACCCAGCACCGCCACACCAGACGAAAGCUCCCGAAGAGCAAACAUGGAAGCGCGCGCCCGCGCCAUCACCGAACAACGGCAACGCGACAAGUCUCCCGGCCCCCACAACCGCCACCGCCGCGACAAGAGCACCGACGGCAGCAUGGGCCGCUUCCCCGUCGUGGCCAGCCCCCGUCCAGAAGGCACCAGCACCCGCCCAGCCAGCGGCUUCGGCCUGCCCACCAAACGCGCGAGUCUAGAAGUUCCCGGCAGCAACGAAUCGUCACCCGUGCAACAACGCAACCAGAACGCCACGAACCGAAACUCCGAGAUCCGCGUCCAGACACCGCCAAACGUGCUCGCCUCGGGCACCAAUGGCCAGCAACACCACGAGCAGUCGUCGCCCGACACAUUCAUCUCGGCGACCUUCAGCGGCGGCGGGCCCGGCCCACACAUCCCGCCCCCUCUGGACGACGACAGCGGCGAGUCGGACUCGACACCCGCGCCGCCGCCGAAGGAUAGGGAAGAUCCAGCCUCCGCCACAGCAGGAGCGGGAGCGUCGAAGCUCGGAUCUUUGAGGCGCGGCGCCGCUGUCGGCCGCAAUGCGACCGGAAGUAUCAAGCGUACGCCCGUGCCGAGCCAGCAGGGUGUGCAGUUGUCGGAUCGCUCCAUGGACGAUUUCUCAUGA